AUGGAUACCUCACCUACAGCCUUGUUCGACUCUUAUGAACAAGAUUUCCUUCAGUUUAUUGAAACAAUACACCAGAAGCUCGAUGUAAAGGACGGAACGGAUAAAGAGCAGAGGAAAGCGAGUCUGCGCAGGGUAGAGAUGGAACUAGACGAGGCCGAUGAAAUGGUGCCCACCUUUGAAUCUCUUAACAUUGUCCCUGACAUGCCUGGUCACUUCCACAAGGUCUCUCAAAUGGAAAUAGAAAUCCAAGGGAUACCCCAGUCAGUCCGUGCCCAAUACCAAUCGCGGCUGCGCUCAGCCAAGGCAGAGCUUUCCAAACAUAAGAAGCUCCUCGUCGACUCCCGUGCCCAACUCGCUCGUAUGGAUCUGUUGUCCUCGGCUAAUAAUCCAGGGGGCUAUUCGUCUUCAGACGACCCGUAUGGCCCAUCGAGUGACAGAACAAGGCUGCUUGCUGGGACAGCUCUACUCGAGGAAGGAUCUAAACGUCUGCAACAGUCUCAGCAAAUUGCUCUGGAGACGGAGAACCAGGGUGCUGAUAUCCUUAUGAACCUGCGGACACAGCGAGAGCAAAUUGAGAACUCGAGAAAUACUCGGGCAGUCACUUACAGUAUUAUUGGAGUGCUCAUGCUCCUUAUCGUCGUUAUUAUCUGGGAAAAACUGUCGGGUUAA